UUUUUUACCGUUAGGCAAGCACAAAUACACACUCGCAGAGUCGAGGGAGAUACGAAAAUGGAGGAUUCGGGGGCGAUCCUCUGCCACAUCUCAACCUUGAAGGAGAUGCUUGACCAGGUGAACGAAGAAAUCGAGGCGAAUAUUCAGAUCACACGAGAGAUCGAAUCGGAGAUCGUCAAGUGCUCUGAAAUCGAAAACGCUUUGGCCGCCAAAGAAUCGGACCUCACCAAGACGCUCUACGUCUCGCACUUUGAGCUCACUGGAUUGCACGCUGUCACCAAAGAUUUAAGGAACUCGGUAGAGAUUAUGGAGAAGGAAUUGUGUCGUCUGAGAAUGAAGCGCGAUGAGACUCUUAAUAGAAUCCACGACCAGCGGGAAAGGUUUAUUGCAAUGAGCUUAGAAUUCCAGAAGGACAUUGACAAGGCGAAUGAUAAUGAACUACGCAUUCUUCUGUCAGAAAAAGAGUUCCUUGAAAAUGAAAUUCAUAUCUUGGAAGAGAAGAACAAUGCUUUAAAGAAUUCAAUGCUGGCAUUUGUUGAAGGAAUUCUUGAAGAUCUUAUUAGUAGCAACUCUGCUUUACAAGUUGAGAUACAGAGUGGGAGUGAGGAGAACGAUAAACUGCUGAAGGAUAUUCAUAAUAUGAAAUCUUCAUUGCUUUCAACUAUUGCAAUUGAGGAUAUCAGAGGGGCACGAUCGUGGACUGUACCGUAAGUUGAAGGUGUCCCUCUGUUUCUACCCAAAGAAAAGAAGAGUGAAGAAAGAGCCAUAGGAUUCCACUAGCUAGCGUUGUGGAAAAUAGAGAUGAAGAUGAAGAGUAGUGAUGAUACUG